CAUGGUCACAGAUCUCAGACGAAGUAAAAAGCUUUUAGCAACCAACAAACAUCAUAAUCCAGUAAGAAAAAAGAAGGCCAUAUCUUAGAACUAAACAAAGGCUUUCCUCACUUCACACUCAACACCCACCACCAUCAUCAUCCUAAUCCCAUACUCUCUCUUACAUAAUACAUCUCUUUCUGUCACCUUCAACCAACAUAUCAUUGCAAGCUGCCAUCUUUUCUUUGUCCUUCACUUACAAAAAUGUGAUUUUUCAUUCAUUUUUUCCCUUGAAAAGAAAUUGAAAAUGUUGGAGAAUAAACAAAAAUAACAGUCCCCUGUUGUUGUUCUGGCUAGUGAGUGCCCACUCUUUUCUGCAUUUGUGCUUUUCUUGUAUUUAUUUACUCCUUAUAAACAAAUGAGGAAGCAUGGAUGGCAGCUACCUUACCAUCCUCUUCAGGUGGUGGCUGUUGCUGUGUUUUUGACUCUGGGGUUUGCCUUCUAUGUGUUCUUCGCUCCUUUUGUUGGAAAGAAGAUGUAUCAAUAUAUUGUUAUGGGCGUUUACACACCACUGAUUACUUGUGUCUUCGGACUGUACAUUUGGUGUGCAGUAGCAGAUCCAGCAGAUCCAGGGGUUUUUAAGUCCAAAAAGUAUCUUAAAAUCCCAGAAAGUGAAAAGCUUGCUGGAUUAAAGAAUUCUAAAUUAGGUGGGGAAUCAACUUCGUCAAUGCAUGAUGCAAAUGCUUCAACAGUUGGAGCAAACUCUGUGGAUAAGGAAGCAUUGGGUACAAAAGGAGAUUUGAAAGAUGUUUCUAAUUCAGUAGAGAACAAGAGGGCAUCAUCUUCUUGUUCAUCAUGUUUCCUCGUUGUUUGUUCUCCUUGUGCUUAUAUCUGCAGCUGCUCUAGUUCGAGUGAGGAAUCUUGUGAUAAGCAAACAAGUGAAGAUGGCAUGUUCUAUUGCAGUUUGUGUGAAGUUGAGGUCUUCAAGUACAGCAAGCACUGUAGAGUAUGUGACAAGUGUGUAGAUCACUUUGAUCAUCAUUGCCGAUGGCUUAACAACUGUAUAGGGAAAAAGAACUAUAGACAAUUUUUCACCCUCAUGGUUGCUGCUAUGCUCUUGUUUAUUCUUCAAUGGUCGACUGGGAUACUUGUACUUAUCCGCUGUUUUCUUGAGAGGAAGCAAUUUCCUGUGGAUAUCACCUCCAAGUUGGGAAGCAGUUUCUCUCUGGUUCCCUUUGUUAUUGUGGUGUCUGUCUGCAGCAUUCUGGCUAUGAUUGCUACCUUACCUGUCGCCCAGCUUUUCUUCUUUCAUGUCCUCCUCAUUAAAAAGGGACUCAGUACAUAUGAUUACAUCAUAGCUAUGAGAGAGCAGGAGCAAGAGCAGCUAGGUGUUGGAGGUCAGCAAAGUCCACAAAUGUCAACUGUUAGCUCACUUACUGGAUUGAGCAGUACAAGCUCCUUUACUACUUUACACCGCGGUGCAUGGUGCACACCCCCACGCCUGUUCCUUGAAGAUCAGUUUGAUGUAGUGCCCCCAGAGACUGGUUCUGUGAGUUCACUGGGAAAGAAGACAAUAAGAGAAGAGCCAUUAAAGAAAAAGAAUCCUGGAGCAGUCAAAAUUAGUCCUUGGACAUUGGCAAGAUUAAAUGCAGAAGAGGUUUCCAAGGCUGCUGCAGAAGCAAGAAAAAAGUCCAAAAUUCUUCAACCUGUGAUAAGACAUAACGAUGCUCUCAGGUUAGAACCAGACAGCAGUUUUGGUAGCAGUGGCCAAAGAGUGAUCUCAAGGUUUGAGAACAAUAAAAGGAGGGCUAGUAAGCGGGUUUACCUCCCUGCUGACUUUCCUUUUGAGUCAGUGACAAAAGUUUAUGCCAAUAAUACUGAUAAAGGCUUCAGUGGGAGGAUGUCUAACUUAGCACCUCUCCAGUUUGAAGCACGUAGUGCAUUUCAUACAAGUCAAGCAAUGACAAGCUCAGCUGGAAUUGUUGUUUCUUCUUCUGAAAGCAGUUUAGACUCUCCUGAUAUUCACCCUUUUGGGGUGUCUUCAUCAGGAGCUGAAGCAAUACAGAUACAGCAUGCGGGCCAUUCAGCUGCUGGUGCUGCAACUCUCAAGGAGAUUCCAUUGUCAAGGUCAACUAGUGAUGGGUAUGAGGCCUCUGGCGGGGAAGAUAGUGACUGGGUUGCCAGUAAGAUUGUUCAGAGGUCUACCAAUUGGACUAAUCUUCUUUUCAGAGCUGAUCAGGAUGAGAGGGCUUUGAAGCCUACAUCCUUAUCCAGCAUAGGUGAUCAUGGUAGAAAGUUGUGACCAACUUGGGUAUUAAUUAGACAACUAUCUUUCUGACUAUUUUGAUGGGAAUUGUUCAUUCUUUGAUUUGUGAGCUUCAGGUACUUACAAUGAUUUUAAGAUGAUGCCCCUAAAGUUUUGGAGGGAGGCUCGAGUGUGAUGGAGAAUUGGAGAUCAUGUGGGAACCAAUGUACAAAGUUUUAUGUCGAUAGCAUUGUUGCUUGUGAGCUUGUGAUAGCCUAUGGGGAAUGCCCGGUUAUUUACAUUAACAGAAAAACAAGUGUCUGUUUUAGGAAAAAAUGUUCUUCUAGUACCACCCCGCCCAUCCCCACAAAAAACAAUAAAAAUGGUGAACGAUUGUUAGUUGUAUCCCCAUCUUUGAUUUAUCUUAGAAU